AUCUUAACGAUUGGGUUGGAAUAUUCACAUCUGAUCCCAUUGAUAGCACCGGUGCUAUUAGAGUAGUUGAUGUGAACUCCAGAUUAAAUGGAUAUAAUGUGACAGACAUUCAAUUCCCAUACCGAAACUUUGCGACGGGUAAACUGACUCAACAAUGUCUGGGCUAUUAUGUGGCGUAUAUUCACAACAGUAUUGUAUUUGCAAAGAAUUGCAUCAAAAACAAUCCGUUUUGGAUGGAAAACAAUCUGUCAAUAAUUGGUGACAAGAAACUGCCGUCACUGGUCAUACCGGGCACUCAUGACUCCGGCAGUUAUGAGAAAUGGGGGCCAAAAUCUGUCGGCGACAUCAUUAGAGGGUUCACUAUAACACAAGACGAAAGCAUUUACAAUCAACUCGUUUAUGGCAUCAGAUAUCUUGAUAUGAGAGUCGGUUAUCACAACGUUAGCGGAUAUGACGACAAGCUAUGGAUAGUUCACGACAUCGUCAGGACUGAUGUCACUCUGAGGUCGGCUGCAGAACAGGUGAAAGACUUUUUAAAGGCAGCGCCAAAAGAGAUCGUUAUCUUUGAUUUUCAUCGCUUUGUGACCGGAUUUCUGGACGAAAAAAAUGUAGAGAUUCUGAAAAAGAGAUACAAAGAGUUCUUUGAUAUCAUAUCGAGUGAACUCAAAGAUUUGAUGAUUCCUUUCAGCCUCGGAUACGGCGUUACUGUCAAUGAGUUGAUCCGUAAGAAUAAGAGGGUUUUGAUCGGUUUCGACAUCAAUGCCCGCAAAUACCUAUUCAAUGAACUCCUGUGGCCUAAUGUACGCCAGCAAUGGGGAGAGAAGGAUGAGUUACAGCCACUCAUACAGUACUUCGAGGACACCCUAUGCACGGACAACAAGAACACAUUGCGGUCAGCCAUGGCUGAGUUGACCCCUACCAUGGAGGGCAUCUUUAAGCUCAAGUACAAGAGUUUAAGACAUUUAGCUCUACUAACAAAUGCUGAGUUCACGAACUGGUUCAGCGACCGGUGGCCCACUUGUGUCAACAUUAUAGCCGCCGAUUACUUCUUGAGCUCUAAUGUUGUUGACAUUGCCUUAAGUGUUAACCACAGGAAUAGUAUCCAUCAAAAACAGUUCAAACGCUUUCAUAGCUUUUACUAAGAAUUUGUGUUUUAUUUGCGAAGACAUCGAAAUUUGAGAUACUUUUGACAUUUGUUUAAAUAUUUGUCACUUUUAAUCAUUAAUGCAA